UGUAACAUACUUUAUAAGUACUCACACAAAUGCUAACAUGCCUUAAAAGUUUAAAUACAGCAUCCGUUUUUGUAUAUGUGAGGGGCAAUAUUCCUCAACAGUGUGAAGAACAAAUGAGGGGUAAGAUAAUGAGAAUUCUAAAAGGAGGGGCACCAUCAAGAAGAGACUCUAAGAUUAAAACUCUAAACCGAUUAAAAUUCUAGGAACUGGAGAAUUUGGCACUCCUCAUGAUCUUAAACUCUGUAGCAUGUUAACUUGAACCUAGGUUCCCGUUUAAGCAAGGAGCAGAGAAGGCCGGGUAUAGCAGCUUUACAGUACCCUCAGGAGAUGUAGCUGAGGCUGGCUGCUGAAGGCACUCCACUCCAAAUACAGUGAGUCUAGCUGUGACCUUCAAGUUGUAAGUCUGCCAGCUUGUAGCCAUAUUGGAUGCAGUCAGCUAGCUCUCAUCACUUCUAGGUUUUUCUGAGGCACUUAUUAACACGUUAUCUAGAUGUCAGGUAUUCCUGAUGAAAGUUAAUUAUUAGUGUCUAAAGGUACUAAAAGCUGGGUCAACUGUAAGGUUCCAUUUAAUAAGCCCCAAUGCCCUUUUUACAUCAAGCAUCUAGCAAAGGCUCUGUCCCUUUUAUGGGGGAAAUGUAGGUAAGAUGACUGACUUGUUAAGAUAAACUCCUUGGUUCCCUUUGGAAGGUAUUUGGGAUGCACCCACAGCACCACCUUAUCCUUAGGCGGCUCAUCCAGUAGAUUUUGAAACUCAUUCAUUAUAUACUGAAGUCUCUCCUAUCAGGAAAAUGACUUACCGUGUAAGGUAUAUCGGCUUACUGGUCUGUAGUGACUCAAAUGGACUCAACCAUGUAAACUUGCUUCCCUUGCUCUCUGUAUGGUCGGAGAAGAUGGGGAUCUAGACUACAGGCACAAGGAACAAAGGUUGCGAAGUGUGGCUUUAGUCUCCUUAGUCUUUGUCUGGCCAAAGGAGAGCAAGUGGGGUGAAAGAUAUUUUAAAUGGGGAGAAUCUGACCUAGCAUGGCAGUACAGGAUACAGGCUGUAGGAAAGUGUUGUGAAGGCAUCAAGGAUUGCUGUGAGCUGGAAUGAGCCAGGAAGCUGUAAAUGGCCCCCAUUGUGCUCCUUCACUGCCUGUAGUCAGAACUAACUUUGGAGUGCAGGAAGGAGCCUAGUUGCCUGACUGAGGAUGCAUAUCAUGCCUCUAAGGCUGUUUUAAAACCAGAGGUGUUUUCAUCUGCCCUCUGCUGAAGGCAAAGACCCAGGAACUCACCAGUGACAUAAUUACUGUUGCUUACUAAUCUAUUGAGGGAUGGUCCUGUUUCAUCUCAUUGUUAUCUACAACCGUCUGUUCUGGAGAAGGUCCAUGUACUGUAGAAAAUGGUAUUUCCUCUUCUCCUCUUUCUCCCCUGUGUCACCCAGCAUAAGUGAGCAGAUCACGUUCCCUAUUGCCUCUUUGGUGCUUCAGUAGGAAAACUAAAAGCAAACAGUUGGUGGGGAAAAAUAAUGGGGGAAUUACUGGGUGUUUUUAGAGGGGGGAAUCAGCUGCCCUAUUAUCUUCAAUAUUAUUUGUUCAAAACUCUCCCUUCCCUACAGGUAACCCCAGUGUGAAUGAGAUCUGAACCUGCUCCCCUCCCUGCAGGAACUGGCAUAGGGAAACUGGUCAGAUUGCAAUUAAUGGAGGAUGGGAGCUUAAAUACCUUUGAGGAGCUGACCCUUAGUUCUUCACUAUGGUGAUCAAGAAUUCGCAAAUACAAAUUGGCCUGGUGGAGGGGGACAGACCGGUUUAAUAUCAAUACUUUAUACAGUUCCUUCCAUUUAAGGCUCACAAAGCACUUUACAAAUAGAGUAUGAGCCUCAUUAGCACCCUGUGAGAUAGGUCAGUUUUAUCCUCUUUAUAUACAUGUGCACACCCAAGCAGGGAAACCAAAGGGAAUAGAAGUGAUUUGAUCAAGGUCACUGAGAGUUAGUGCUAGAGCUGGGAAUAGAAUCUAGAUUUCCUGACUCUCUCAAAACAAUCCUGAUCCACCAAGGUACAGCUCCUUGAUUUUUACAAGACCCAUUUAACUGCAUUAAGGGAUUUUUAAAUGAAGAAAAUAUUUAUUGGUGCACCAGGGUGGGUCCUGUAUUCUCUCUUCCUAGAAAGCCAUAGAUGAGGAUGUUCCCUAGUUUUAGCAGCAGUUUCCAGUUCUGCAUUUUGCCCAGGUGAGUUUGCUGCUUGGCUACUUGGACAGAGGAGGACUGUAUUUCCUCCUUCCGGUAGGGCCACCUCACAGGUACCUGUGUGAUGUAGGGGUGUGUCUAGAUUGAAACCUGAUGCCUCAUCCUUGGGCUGAUGUGGGAGUGGAGGGAGGAGGGACGUGUUCCUUCACGCACACAGCUAAUGAAGACAGAGAAAGAAACUCCAGGACUUACUUUCUCAGCUGAAGACAGGAACAAGAGGAGUCUUUUCACCUCUUUCCCCCAGAAGUCUCACCCUAGACCUGUGCUCUGGAGGAGUCAGUCCAGAGCCAAAAGAAGAUGAGCUUAACCUGGCGCAAAGGUUUUUACAGGCAGGAAGUAAACAAAACUGUGUGGGAGCUGCCCAGAAGAUAUACCUCCAUCAAUCCAGUGGGAUCCGGGGCUUAUGGCUCUGUCUGUUCAGCCAUAGAUAAGAAGACGGGGGAGAAAGUGGCCAUCAAGAAGCUGUGCCGACCAUUCCAGUCGGUGAUCUUUGCCAAGAGAUCAUACAGGGAGCUUAUGCUGCUGAAGCACAUGCAACAUGAGAACGUCAUUGGGUUGCUUGAUGUCUUCACCUCAGCCACCUCCUUCAAUGGAUUCCAGGACUUCUACCUGGUGAUGCCGUACAUGCGGACAGAUUUACAAAAGAUCAUGGGACAUGAGUUCAGUGAUGAAAAAAUCCAGUACCUGGUCUAUCAAAUGCUGAAAGGUUUGAAGUACAUUCAUUCUGCUGGAAUCAUUCACCGGGACCUGAAGCCAGGCAAUCUGGCUGUGAACGAAGAUUGUGAACUAAAGAUCUUGGACUUUGGCUUGGCGAGACACACAGAUGCUGAGAUGACUGGCUAUGUUGUGACCCGUUGGUACAGAGCACCAGAAGUCAUUCUGAACUGGAUGCAUUACAACCAGACCGUGGACAUCUGGUCUGUUGGUUGUAUCAUGGCAGAAAUGCUGACUGGGAAAACCCUGUUUAAAGGAAAAGAUUAUCUAGAUCAGCUGACCCAGAUCUUGAAAGUAACCGGACUCCCAGGAGAGGAGUUCGUGCAGAAACUGGAGGACAAAGCGGCUAAGAAGUAUAUCCAGUCCCUUCCCAAAAUUCCCAAAAUGGAUUUAUCCCGGCUUUUCCCCAAAGCCAAUCCUCUGGCGGUGGACCUGCUCGACAAGAUGCUGCAGCUGGAUGUGGAAAAGCGUCUCACAGCCACAGAAGCUCUGGCCCAUGCGUAUUUUGACCAAUUCCGAGACAUUGAGGAGGAGACGGAGGCCCAGCAGUCCUACGACGAUUCGUUGGAGCAUGAGAAGCUUUCCAUAGAUGAGUGGAGAAGGCAUACAUACAAUGAGAUUCAGUCCUUCAGUCCGAUUGCCCGGAAGGACUCCAAGAGGCGGAGUGGUAUGUCUUUGUAGUGGCUGGGCCGGCCAAGGUUGGGGCUCAAUCCCCCUGCUGGGUCACAAAAGAGGACGCCUAUCAGGAUUUGGACCACCCCAGGGUCAGAUAUUUAUCAAUAUGGGCGUGUGGAACUUCUGUGCAUGUGUGGAACACAAGGAUGUUGAAUACACAAGAGUGUUGGGCUUUGUCCUGUGGGAGGAAACUGCACCAGAAACAUCUUUCAGUGCCAAAGAUGAAUGUAUUUCUCAUUAAAACCCCAGAUGGAAGAAUUUUA